AUGGAGGACAAUGUCAAGCAACACUAUCUGGCCGAUUCACCCCCUUCGGUGGUGCGGCUGGAAAUUAAGUCCCACUUUGACGCCCUCAAAGAUGAGAGCCUGCGGAAAUAUGCCCAUUACAUGAGCCGGGCCGCAUUCGAGGGCACCCGUGUCACGCUGCGUCAGGUUUCCCCGGAGUCCGAACCGAUCUACGACCUCAUCCUCGCCCUUCAUCGAGCCUGCAAUGGGGACUGGAACAGUCUGGCCCAGAAGACUCAGGUCAGCGACGAGCACCUCCGUUUCUUCCUCGAAUAUUCUGCGCAGUUCCUAGGUAACUGCGGCAACUACAAGGGCUUUGGUGAUUCCAAGUUCAUUCCCCGGAUUCCGGCCUCUGCUCUGGAGGCUCUGUCAUCCGCCACCCCGGAGACGAAGGCGGCUUUCCAGAAAGCCAGCACUACUGGAGGUGGUAUUUACGAGACAAGUGAUCAAUCCAUGAUGCAUCUCGGGUAUCCCACAGGUGGCCACAUGACCACCUACUAUCCCGAUUCGCCCUCAAUCUCCAAGGAGGAAAUCACAGCUGUUGGAGAUCUGAUGGAAAAGAAGGGACUGGCAUUGGAAAAUACGAGACUGCGCAAGACAUCUUCGGGUGAUUUUGAACUUCUCAUCGCAUCUGGUGUGACUAACCCCCCUGUGAGGGAUCGUGAUCUCGGCGAGGCGAAGACCUUUGAGCUGGAGGGCAGCUUGAAGGGGAAGACACUGCACCUUGUCUUUGGAGAUUACCAAGAACAGAUGUCAAAGAUUGCCCACAAUAUCAAGCUAGCAGAGCGUAACGCGGCGAACGAAAACCAAAAGCGCAUGCUGGACGCGUACGCUCUCUCCUUCGGUGCGGGAUCUAUUGAAUCGUUCAAGGAAAGCCAGCGGAUCUGGGUCAAGGACCAAAAGCCUGUCUUGGAAACGAACUUGGGAUUCGUGGAGACCUAUCGGGAUCCCCACGGUGUACGUGGAGAGUGGGAGGGCUUUGUUGCUCUGGUGAACCUGGAGCGGACACGGGCCUUUGGUUCGCUGGUUGACAGCGCGGAAAGCAUGAUCCCCAAGCUGCCCUGGGGUAAGGACUUCGAGAAGGACACGUUCCUCAGCCCAGAUUUCACCUCGCUCGAGGUCCUCAGCUUUGCAUGCUCUGGUCUCCCAGCUGGAAUCAAUCUCCCCAACUAUGAUGAUAUUCGCCAGAACCUAGGCUUCAAGAACGUGUCCCUAGGCAAUGUUCUUAGUGCAAAGGCACCCAAUGAACCCAUUCCCUUCGUUGCUGAGAAGGAUCAGGAAGUUUUCCGCCGAUGCCGUGACCCCGCAUUUGAGGUUCAGGUUGGUAUCCAUGAGCUUCUUGGCCACGGAACUGGGAAACUGCUGCAGGAGACGGCGCCAGGGGAGUACAACUUUGAUAUCUCCAAUCCGCCCAUCAACCCUGUUACGAACAAGCCCGUGUCAACCUGGUAUAAGCCUGGGCAGACAUGGAGCUCGGUGUUCGGGGCCAUUGCUUCAUCUUACGAAGAAUGCCGUGCGGAGUGUGUUGCAAUGGUCCUUGGCUGUGAUUUCAGCAUCCUAAAGAUCUUUGGUUUCGGCGACGGGAAGGAAAAUAUGGCCAGCGAAGCCGGUGAUGUUCUUUUUGCUUCCUACCUGCAAAUGGCCCGCGCGGGUCUGGUGGCCUUGGAGUUCUGGGACCCCAAGACUCAGAAAUGGGGCCAGGCUCACAUGCAGGCCCGAUACAGCAUCCUGCGUACCUUCCUGGAUGCUGGUGACGACUUUGUUAAGCUCUCAUAUACCAAGGAUGAUCUAUCUGAUCUUGAGAUUCAUCUGGACCGGUCCAAGAUUCUGACCCACGGACGACCGGCCGUUGAAAAGUACCUGCAGAAGCUGCAUGUGUACAAGAGCACGGCGGAUGUCGUGGCAGGCAAGGGCAUGUACGAUGAGAUCACUUCGGUCGACAGCUGGUGGGGUAGCCAAGUCCGUGAGAUUGUUCUGAAGAACAAGGUCCCUCGCAAGGUCUUUGUGCAGGCCAAUACCAUUCUGGAGGGCGACAAGGUGACUCUGAAGGAGUACGAGCCGACCUUGGAGGGUCUUAUCCAGAGCUUUGCCGACCGCAAUGUCUAA